CCACAAUUCCUCGCCGUCAAGGUUUUAGUGGAUGAUCAGUGGAACAUGGAUCUAAAAGAUUUUAUUAUUUGAUGCCAAUUUUGAUAACGGUAGCAAUUAUGCUGUGCAAAAUGUUUCUGGUUCUACUAGUUCGAAUUGUUUGAAGUUCCCAUGAAGUAAGUUUUCUCACUGAAAGAUUUCAAAGAAUUAAAAGAACUAAUAUGGAAAACUGAAUCACGGAAAUAUUCCGAAAUCUUAUUUUGAACAGUGAACAUUUACCGAUUCAGUUUACUCCCAUCGUUACCAAGACACGAAUCUGGAACAGAAAUCCGCAGGAAAGUUUUCUAAAUGUGCGUGAUGGUAUAUUGCAAAAGUUAAGGACAAUAACUGGCCAAAGUCUGCUCAUAACAACACAACAUGUUCAAAAAAGCAUGUUUAAUGCGCAUUUCAACGACGAUGUACAGCCUGGUACUCGUAUUUAUGAUUUUCCACAUGACCUCAGUGUGGACGACCGAAGACGAUAACUAUGAAGUCUGGAUUCGAGGAUCUUUACCCGCUAAUGACAGUCGCAUCUUGAAAACACUGAGAGAGCGAUUCCUUGACAGUCCUUCCAGCCUCCCAUAUAAUUUCUCUACUGAUCCAUACUAUAUCAAAUACAGCAAAAAAGCCUCAUGGGAUUACAUAGACCAUUACUUGAAACAGUUUUUCGCUAAUCAGACCAGCGGUUUCUUUGUAGAGGCCGGAGCUCUGGAUGGGGAAUUUCUUUCGAACACACUUUGGCUUGAACAAACUCUGGGAUGGAAAGGACUUCUGGUCGAACCAGAUGAAGACAGUUAUCGGCAACUCCUCCAGAAACACAGACGGGCUUGGUCCUCCAAUACCUGCCUCUCAAACUCCAGCCAUCCGAAGGAAACUGUUCACGUUGCUGUCAGACUCAAUGAGGUGUUCGAAGGUGUCCCUUGGUAUUACAGAGGUGCUUCACACGAGUUGGGAAUAACUAUGCCACCAAACUAUGAUCUUUUCUUUAAAGCUUCUCGCCAGUCUUACGCUAUGGUGCAGUGCUUCCCCCUGGCAUCGUUUCUGUGGGCCCUUAAUGUAACCACUGUGGACUUUCUGUCGUUGGAUAUCCAAGGAACCGAGGAAGCUGUGCUAAAGUCUUUUCCGUGGAAGGACUUUACCAUCAAAAUGAUAGCCGUUGAGCUAUCCGAUAGUCAUCAUAAUCUUACCGAUAUCAUGAAGGAUAUUGGGUAUACCUGGCUGAACUCGCAAGAAAUGGACCUCGUUGUGGACUAUAUUUUUGUCAGAGACGAACUUUUGACAGGCCACAGCAUUAAAUGUUUCAGAGAGACUUUAAUUAAAGCAAUUUAUAAAAAAGAAGAAGAAGAAGAAGAAGAAGAACUCGAAUUGAGUCUCGAGCGAGCAGCAACGUCGCUAGCACCACCUGCCAACAGCAACAGCUGCCUGUAUUGGGUGUCAUUGUCGACUGAAGCUGCUAGGCAAGCAGUUUUCUCACUUCCUCCUACUCCUACCAUCUGCUUGUUAGUCAUGCCCCGUUCCUCGCCUAUCGCUGCAUCUCCGUCAUGGGAACACAGUUCGUGCGUUUGCAGUUGGGCUGCGUGGCAGGCAACCCGUCACCCACCACGCCCACCAGUCGACGACGACGGCCUCUGCUUCCCCGAAAUCUGA